GGUACAAAACCCUAAUUGUUACGUAUUCACGUUCUCGUUGUGCCUCUCUGCAUUGCAUAGCAGAAAAUGAGGUACGUUGAGAUCGGGAGGGUGGCUCUGAUCAACUACGGCAAGGAAUAUGGUAAGCUCGUGGUCAUCGUCGACGUCAUUGACCAAAACAGAGCUCUUGUUGAUGCCCCUGAUAUGGUGAGCUCCCAAGUGAAUUUCAAGAGGCUUUCACUCACUGACAUCAAGAUUGACAUUAAGAGGGUCCCCAAAAAGAAAGAUCUUGUUAAAGCCAUGGAGGCUGCAGAUGUUAAGAACAAGUGGGAGAACAGCUCCUGGGGAAGAAAACUCAUUGUCAAAAAGAGAAGGGCGUCUCUCAAUGAUCUUGAUAGGUUUAAGUUAAUGUUGACAAAGAUCAAGAGGGCAGCUAUUGUUAGGCAAGAGCUUGCAAAGCUGAAAAAAAGCGCAUAAUAGGCAUUACUUUAUGAUACAAAUGUUCAAAUUUUGCUACGAGUUUCAUUCCAUUUAGUACACCUUGAUAGUUUUGAGUUUUUCAGUAUCAUUGAGACGCUUAGUAAAAUGUUUCAUGUCAAAAGAGUUUUAUGUUAUUAGGGGGUUGAUGUCAGUACUCUCAGUUUCCCCACUGUUGCUUUUUCUUGCAGAUGUUUGGUUAUUGGUAUUUAAGAUAAACUACUAUAACUCUCAAGCUGCAAGUGAGAGCGGCAACAUCUUUUAUAUUUUUCGUAGUUUUAUUUUUGUUAGGUUUGCCCUCUGAUUGGAUUCGUUGAUUUGGAUUCGUUCUGUUUUGAGUUAUAAUAUACUUUUUCAAUUGAUGACUUCA